AUGAGCUCACGCGCGGAGAGGGAAGACAGGUCCCGGAGAUACCGGCGUAAGCGUCAAGCUCCCUAUGCAGCUCCCGGACGCCACGCAAUUGCCUUACACAACGACGCCAUCAGAUCCAUCCCUCGCCUUGAGUUCUACAAUGGCCCCGUCGUCCCCAGAAGAGCGGCGUCCACAUGCUUCUGGUUGCUUACCGACAGAGAAAAGAUCUUCUUCGACAUGACUGAGCUUGACAGGCGUAUUGUCACUGCGUCACGCGCGAAGACAAUUCUCGGCACUGCCAUCGAUGUCGCCAGAAAGCCGAAUCGGAUGCACUGGUCGAUCGUCGGCGUUUGGAAGGAAGUCAUGGAAAUUCUUCACCGUCACGAUUCGUCCUGCUGGCUCGACGGCUUCAGCGCUGAGCGUGUCACGGACGUAUUCGAUGCUCUCGUUCAAGCUCGAUUGGCGUAUCGACAGUCUUCUUCGGCCCAAGAAAUCGAUUCCAUCAAGGAUUUCAAGACCUUCCUGAAGACCCUUGACGAUUGGAUCGCUAUCAAGGACACCAUCGCCUACUUGGACAAGCCCCCCCGCCCCACUGCCAAUCAAAUCGACAACUCGGCCAUCAAGAACGAGGUCGACUCUGAUUUCGAGGCUUUUCAGGAGAUUCCGGUAUUAGAGCCGGUUCAGUGGAUCCAUCGCACCGGGGCUGGCCGUCGUGGCAUGGUUCGAACCGAGUCGCAGUCCGAAUCUCCUCAAGUUUCCCCCGUCCAGUCUCCGAUUCCACGUCACAUUGACAACAACUCUGCCCCCGCCGAUGCCGCUGGAAGCAUCACCACCACCACGGCAACGCUGCAGUCCAUGUACGACGAGAUCGAAGCCUUGAAGAAAGAGAACACUCGAAAGAGCAUGACCGUCGAGAUGGCGGAACUCGAGAUGUUACGCGACGAAGUCGAGCGCCUCCAAGUGAAGAGCGCCGCAGACACCGCCAGGAUCCGCGAGGUUGAGGCCGAGCGCGAGGCCCAAGACGCUAUCUCGGGACAAAUGAGCACGGUUUGCCAGAAGCUCCUGGACAACAACCACGAACUUCGGGCUGAGAACAACGCACUGCGAGCCAACCAAGAUCAGCUCUGGAUGGACUACCGACACUACGCGAACCCCAUCCAGAGAGCCAGGGGCUACCUCGAGUGGGAGGCCGACGACCUGGAUCGCUACCUCCGCCGGGAUUACAGGACUGCUGGCAAUGAGCCUGAGGUCUUGAGUCCUUAA